CGCGCGCACACACACACGCCCGUAAUUUUUGUCGGGCUGUCCUUUAACAUCUUUCUUUACUAGCAGAAACAGAGGACGGUGAGAGUUUAACUGAAUUAAAUAAGGGGGUAGUCAGAGAGAGAGAGAGAGAGAGAGAGAGAGAGAGAGAGAGAGAGAGAGAGAGAGAGAGAGAGAGAGAGAGAGAGCGAGCGAGCGAGCGGCGCUAGCUCUGGUAGCUAGCCCCCUUUGCUUUCUUUUCUGCUUAUUUUUCAACUGAUUUAUCCAAAAUGAGGUUAAAAGUUGGAUUUCUCCUUCGAAGUUUACUGGUCAUCGGCACAUUUUUGGGGCUGGUUUUGCUUUGGUCUUCCUUGACACCGAAAACCGGCGACGAUCACCCGUUUGCAGGCGGACUGGCAGGAAGAGAUGUAGGUAAACCCUUGCAGCCAAACCCUCCUAAUAAUAACAUGGCUGACCAGUUCAAGCCGGUCGUUCCAUGGCCCCACGUCGAAGGAGUUGAGGUCGACCUAGAGUCCAUUCGUCAGAAAAAUGGUGACAAGCCAAACCCCGGAUUCAAAGUCCAGAACCAGCAGAAUGUCAUCCAGAAGCAAUACAUCACCUUCAAGCCCCACACCAAUGUGUACAUUGAACCUGUGUUGAAGACGGGGAUUCUUGGCAACUUUGAGCUCAAAGAACCUGAGCCUCAGGGGGUUCAGGGUGGACCAGGGGAGGGCAGCAAAUCGUUCGUGCUUGGACCAGAGUACAAAGAUGCUGUCCAGGCCAGCAUCAGGGAAUUUGGCUUUAACAUGGUAGUCAGCGACAUGAUCUCUCUGGAUCGAACGGUGGGCGACUUGAGGCAUGAAGAGUGUAAAUACUGGCAUUAUGAUGACAACCUCCUCACCUCCAGUGUGAUCAUUGUUUUCCAUAAUGAGGGCUGGUCCACCCUGAUGAGAACAGUGCACAGUGUCAUCAAACGAACUCCCAGGCGAUACCUGGCUGAGAUUGUCAUGAUUGAUGACUUUAGCAACAAAGUUCAUCUUAAAGAGAGGUUGGAAGAGUACAUAAAACAAUGGAAUGGACUUGUCAAACUUUUCCGCAAUGAGAAGAGAGAGGGUCUGAUUCAGGCCAGGAGCAUAGGAGCCCGCAAAGCCACUCUGGGACAGGUGCUAAUCUACCUGGAUGCUCAUUGUGAAGUUGGGUUGAACUGGUACGCCCCACUGGUGGCCCCCAUUUCUAAGGACAGAACGGUCUGCACAGUACCGUUGAUAGAUUACAUAGACGGCAAUGAUUAUACCAUAGAGCCCCAGCAGGGCGGGGACGAGGACGGCCUGGCGCGAGGCGCCUGGGACUGGAGCCUCCUGUGGAAAAGGGUCCCUCUCAGCAGCAGGGAGAAAGCAAAGAGAAAGCAUAAGACCGAGCCUUAUCGGUCUCCUGCCAUGGCUGGUGGACUGUUUGCAAUAGAGAGAGAUUUCUUCUUUGAGCUGGGUCUCUAUGAUCCAGGCCUUCAGAUCUGGGGAGGUGAAAACUUUGAGAUAUCUUACAAGAUUUGGCAAUGUGGUGGGCAGCUUCUGUUUGUGCCUUGUUCUCGGGUGGGGCACAUCUACCGUCUGCAGGGCUGGCAGGGAAACCCACCUCCUGCUCAUGUAGGCUCUUCCCCCACACUUAAGAACUAUGUGCGGGUGGUAGAGGUAUGGUGGGAUGACUAUAAGGACUAUUUCUAUGCCAGUCGGCCUGAGACUCUCACGCUGGCCUAUGGGGACAUCAGCAUCUUGAAAAAGUUCAGAGAGGAGCAUCGCUGCAAGAGCUUCAAGUGGUUCAUGGAAGAGAUCGCUUAUGACAUCCCCUUAUACUACCCACUGCCUCCAAAGAAUGUAGAAUGGGGAGAGAUACGUGGGUAUGAGACCAGCUACUGCAUAGACAGCAUGGGCCACACCAAUGGUGGCAAUGUCGAGAUUGGGCCUUGUCAUAGAAUGGGAGGCAAUCAGCUCUUUAGAAUUAAUGAAGCCAACCAGCUUAUGCAGUAUGACCAGUGCCUGACAAAAGGUGAAGAUGGAUCUGCUGUCAUCAUAACACACUGCAAUUUGAAUGAGCACACUGAGUGGAGGUAUUUUAAGGAUCUACAUCGAUUCACACACAUUCCUACGGGGAAAUGCUUGGAUCGCUCUGAUGUCUUGCACAAGGUUUAUAUCGCUGGCUGUGACAACGGCAAGAGCUCCCAGAAGUGGGAGAUGAACAAUAUUGUGGCUGUUUGAGAACCAGGCUUUACUGUCUCAACUGUGCUUCAAGGAAUAAAAACUGACUUGUCUACAGCAACAGGAUUUACCAGUAGACAUAUGACUAAUGGAGGAACAUGCAGUUUUAGUCAUCAUCAGAAUAACUCUGAUCAUUAACUUUUUUAUUCUCCAUUGAAGACAAUGUUUACAUCGGUUUAUCCCCAUUGCAUGGGCUUUCUUUGGAAUCUGUGGAUUGGAGGGGUCUAAUGUAUCUAACAAUGUUUUUUCUAUUUCAAAGAUGAACAUGUGCAAAAAUGAAUGAUCUAAAACCACUUGUUGCUGCUCCAGUAUAAAGAACAGUUUGUCCGGAAACUACUAGAAUGCAUUUGUUUCUUUGGUUUUUUUUUUACACUGGACCUGCAUUAUGUUUGACAAGACAUCCUGCCACUUGAAAAAUGUUGGUUUUUGGCACAGUGGCAUAUUUUCUUACCAUGUUAUCUAGGUAAAGCAUGGGAGUGGAGUCAAAAUGAAAAUUGUGACAAAGGAAAAAAAAGUGAUAUACAUAUAUUUUUGUCUACUGCAUAGAUGUCUGCUUGGUUGGGAGGGAAUGGAUGUUGACUUGAUUUUCACAAACAAGGAUUGAUUUGCUAUAAUUAAUGGACAUGUUACCAACCAUGGCCAAAAAAAAAUUAUGUCUUAAAAGAAUUGCAUCGUGUAUAUUUUUUUGUUUUUGUACAAUGUAAAUAUUUCAAAAUUGAGAUACUGUGGGCUUCCCAAUGAAGGUGUAAAUAUCUAACUUAUAACAGAUGUUUUCUCAAAUAAAUGGAAAAUUU